UGGCUCACCGCGCUGCUGCCAUGCACGUCAUGGCUGGCCACCUACAAUGUUCGGGGCUGGCUGACGGCCGACAUCCUGGCGGGUCUGUCUGUGGCAUGCAUGGAGAUCCCGCAGGGCAUGUCGUACGCCAGCCUGGCGGGCCUGCCCGCCGUGUUUGGCCUCUACUCCGCCACCAUCCCUUGCAUCGUGUACUGCCUCUUUGGCAGCUCCCGCCAGCUGUCUGUGGGGCCCGUGUCCCUGACCAGCAUGCUGCUGGGCGCCGGCCUGACCAACAUUUUUGAGGGCAGGGUCAACGACAACCCCAACCAGCCCGACGACCCGCAGCUGCAGCAGGAGUACAACCAGGCCGCGGUGCAGGUGGCCUUUUUGGCGGGGUGCAUCUACCUGGCGGUGGGCCUGCUGCGCCUGGGCUGGAUCACCAACUUCCUGUCCCACUCGGUUGUGUCCGGCUACAUGAGCGGCGCCUGCAUCGUCAUCGCGCUGUCGCAGGUGGGCGCGGGGCGGGGCGCGGGGCGGCGUGGGGCAGGGCGCGUGCAGCGGGUGCGGCGGGUGCAGCGGGUGCGGCGGGUGCGGAGGGAGAGAGGUCUGUGUGCCUGCCUGCCGGGCCCCCCUGCAGGUCAAGUACAUCCUGGGGCUGCAGCUUCCGCGCAGCGAGCGGGUGCACGAGGAGCUGGCCUGCAUCUUUGGGCACAUCGGGGAGGCCAGGUGGGUGGGGUGUGGGUGUGGUGUGGGAGCUGGGCAGAGGGGUGCCCGGCAGCGCAGCGGCUGCCUCCAUCAGGCCCGAGACAGCGGCGGCCGAGCUAG